AUGUCGUGUGAUAUGCUCCACGAAAGUGACUCAGGCUCUCCACCCGUCAGUGAAAUGUCCUCGAAAGACCAGAUCACCGGUAUGCCUCCGCUUGAUCUGCGGAGUUCUGAAUCCUCAGACCUGUCCACUAGGGGCAAACUUCCGGCUUUAACUGCCCCACCAACCCCACUGGUCCCGCCUCUGUUCGACUCCAGAGUGACUGAUUUCCCCACAGCGUUCUUUCGCCAACUACCUUGGUUGCAGCAUGCCAGGCUGAUGGAAGAGUCCUUCAAGCCGAUUAAUACCCAUGUUCUUCAGACGCCGAAUGCGGUCUGUGAUAACACUGAGGCCAUUCUGCCGCGGAAGGCAUUCCCUUCUCGCCGUUCACCCAGUCCUAGUCUCUCUGAGAGCUAUCACGUUAAAAGGCCAAUGAAUGCCUUCAUGGUCUGGUCUCGAGGUCAACGUAGGAAAAUGGCCCAAGCGAAUCCCAAAAUGCACAAUUCGGAGAUCAGUAAACGGUUGGGUGCCGAAUGGAAGCACCUCUCGGAAACCGAGAAACGUCCCUUCAUUGAUGAGGCGAAACGACUGCGCGCCACUCACAUGAAGGAGCAUCCGGACUACAAGUAUAGGCCGCGAAGGAAGAGUAAGAGCUCAUUCAAUCGGGAACGUUUGACCUUUUCUCAGACGAUUAUGCCGGGUACGUCGCGUACCAUCUGAUGUUAUAUUAUGCAAACGUAGUUGUUUCCCUCCUAGAGUAGAACGCAACACAUGGCAACGUUUGGACGGUAAACGACAUGUAAUUUUACAGAAUAUCGAGGUUAAAAUUACCUUUUGGAUUUAUAUAUCUAAUAUCCCCGAGUAACUGUAGCCCACUAUCAGAAAUUUAAAUUAUGAUGCGCGAUGUCUGGAGCAUAGGUUAUUCGCACAUGCGCAAACAAUAACAGGUUCUGAUGUGAACCACGCUAUGAAACAACGCUUCUAGUUCUAGCCUCUGUCAGCAUAAUGUAGUUCUGUUUAAAUUAUUGGCAUCCGGAAACCUGGAGCAGCCAAAAGCAAAGGUUUGAUUUAGCUUGACAUCAAAAGCGGUUUCGUUUAUGGAAUAGAUCCCUUCAAGAAAUGAUCUACACUUCGAAAUGUGUAUUCUGUUGCCUGACUCUGCAUAGGUCGUUUUACUGGCGUGAGGUGUGUGGUCCGAAGAGAAUUACACAGUAGCUCACUAAACACAAUCUUGUAGUGUUAACUGGAAAGCGAUUUCGGGAUAAACAAUACGAGUUUCUUCAUCGGAAGAAUCAGGCAGAAUCAGAUUGCAAUUCCCGUUGACAGGCGCUUCCGCCACUGUGUGCUUAGGCAACGUAGUUUGACUACGAAUGAACAUAGAAUCCUUCGAAGCAUUCGCCAAACGUUGGGUCCGUAUUCCAAAAGUUGGACUAACAUUACUGUCAAACGACCUCAGAUGUCUAUAUCCUUCUCUUUAACGCGAUGCUAUGAGACUACAGACGUGCUUCAGUAUUUUUACUCUAUUUUAUUCCGAUAGCUUAUGGAGCAAGGAAAGCCGCUAAGUUUUUGAUUAUAAACUAUGCCCUUUCAAGCGUCAGGCGCGGAGCAAGGUGCCUCCAUGGAAGAAAGCGAAACCCUCUGAGUUAGAUUCCGAGCCACGCUAGAAAUACACUGACGGUGAGUCAGUAUAUUUCAUCCUGCUGGACAAAUGCUUUUGCUUUUCGGGCGUUUCGAAGUACUGAGUCAACUGUCUUUCUCCGGAGACAACCAGCUAGUUAGCUAAAGAAGGUUUCCCCACAUUUUCUCGCAAGCUACUUCGUUCGCAUUUCGUCGACUCGUCAUUUAACAUCAUAAACUAGGAAGAACCACCAAUUAAUGUGCUUCCUUUAAUUGUUGCUAUUCUGUAGAAUUUUCAUUGACUAUGGGGCAACUAUUGUGCCAAAUUACAGAGUGAUCUCGAGAGCUUCGCCGGACAUAAAUGAUAAUCCUCUUUGAUGGAUUCGAUCAUUUUUGGGUUUCAGCUAACCAGAACCCAGAGUCGAAAUUGAAUGCUCAUUUUUGUAGACUGGUGGUCACCAUCCCAUGUGAUAUACACAGCUCUGUUGGCUACAGUAUCUGCCGACUCUAACCCCUGCGCCUAUACUCAACAGGAAUAACGCCUCCUAAGAGCGAUACAUGAAAUAGGGCGAGUAUGACGGGCAAUUCCUCUCAUUUGUCUUCCUUCGAUGUGAAAGUCUCAGACAUGUAAAAUUUAUGCAACCCUGACAACAACUUGAAUGACUUGGCAUCCCCAUUUUGCAAAAAAAGUAAAAUUUGCGGGAAGAAUUCCCCAUCGCAUACACCUGUGAUUUAUGCUGACCCCUUAUAUUAAAAUUUGAUCCUAAAUCAAGUUCCUACACGCGAAAUCUUAAUCGCUAAGUCUAGGGAAUAGCAUGCGAAGCGGGGACUAAUAACCAACGGAGUGCACUAGUACAACACUGGGACUUUAGCCAAGCGAGUGUCUGGUUUCUGAUUGCAAACCCAGAUUCUUCGUCGUUAUAGCUUUAUUAGUUAUUUGUCCCACUGUUCAUUUAAUGAAGUUCCAAUGGCAUGUACAUAUACCAGGAGCACAAAAUAGUCGACCGAAUGUUAGGGGCCUGCUUUAUAAUUUGGUAAUCUGUCCGCGCAUUUCCAGACUGCUGAAAGAGUGGCCAUAACUAGGCGUAGUAAAACGCCCGAUAGAAAACAAAAAUAAAGUUGACUUGGAAUUUUUAGUGCUUACCUAAUAUGUUUGGCAGCAUUUCGAAAGUCCACAUUUCAUGUGUUCCUGCUUACAGAGCGUUUAUUACACUUGACGGUCCUCAGCGUCGGCUGUUCCACGAGCUCUAAUGUGCCCAGCAGGUUCUAGGCAAGACAGCAGUAAUAAUUUAGCAAAUAACGUAGUCCUUCGAAUGUCCGAGGGAUUAUUACUUCCAUGUCCAGUCAACACCACUGCCUUCAUAGAUUUGAAAAUCGGAAAUUUUAGUUUCAGCUGGAUAUCACACAAGGACAGAACCCAUAAUGUGUGGACGGGCUGUAGAAAUUCGAGGAAUUUCCAGUUAGAAGCAGACUCUUUGCUGUAUGACCUCGAACUUCCGUCCUCAGCAUCACAUACAGUCUGUUAUCUGAACAUAUAAUUAACGAAGGUUUUUACUCAUCGACACGGCGAACAACGGCCAUUCUGACACGCUUUCAUGUAAAAUCAAUUCCGUAGUCGGCAGUGGAAUUUGCAUCAUCAAACACCGGAACGGAACUAUGUCGAUCUUUAUACAACUUGAGAACUGGGUGGCCAUUUGGGGUAUGCACUGGGGGGCACUGAUAUUAACAGCAUCUUAGUCUGCCGCCGUUUACCCAAGCAAGAGAUUUUGACCCAAGCUGACGACUGGUGAUAAUUACAAGUCAUCUAACUGAACAAAUGUUAUACUUACCAAUUAUUUGCACCUGCAUAUCAGUUUUGAGCAGUCCCACUGGGAAUUUUUUCCACGGAAGCAAAAGUGGUUGACUGUGUAGGAACUAUAACCGACGGAGGCUUCGUCAGCAUGAAUAAGUAAAUCGGUUGUGUUUAAAAAAACGACUGAAGGGUGCCUCUAGGAUAAGGCGUAAUUUGUAUUGCAACACGCAUUUAUUGCGAAUAUGGUAUUUUGUAAAAAUAGGAAAAGCCAAAUAAGUGAAUCCACUGCUCUCGUAACUUACAGAGAAUUUGGGUAAGUAACUAAAGGAGGAUGGGAUAACUGGAAAACAAAGUUCACAGCCAAGACAAGCACUAACGCGUGCCUCAAUAGUGGCAAAUGCAUUUCUCAACAGUUCUGACCAGAAAUUUCUGGCCCAGUGAGGCAAGAGUUCUUAAGAUGCUGAAGAUCUCCUGAAGCAUAUGAAGCCUUCAGAAUUUGUUGGUUAAGGGUUAUGCUAUGAAACCGUUGUUCCGAAGUUUCCAUGUCUGGCAUGACGACUCCAAGUUGACGAUUCAUUUGUCGGGUCUCUACGUCAUCGCUGUUAUCAAACCAACUCCGACUGGCUGAAUAUAAAAUGCAGAGAGCGCACAUGUCUCCUCGACCUUCCAAUAGUCACUAUGGUACUUUUCACAGUAUUAACUAGGACACUCAGAUACACAACAGUCUUCAAGAAGGUUCGAUAUGGCAUAUAUGCAUGUAAUGGUUAGCUCAGAUCAAGCAUUCAGAAGCAGCUUCAACCGAGAACUUGUCAGUUAAUGACCAUUUACACGAAAUAGGUUGCAAGAGAAUGCAUUUCUCCCAGCAGUUCAUCGCAACAAGUUAGGGUACCAGUUACAAACCACUGGGUUAAGAUAGUUCUCUUCUGGAUGGCGAGAUGAAAAACAUACUCUGUAGCGCUUGCUUCAUGUCUUCUCAUGAGUGAUCCUCAAAUACACGGUGUCGUCAGGCACCAUUUUUCUAAAUUUCUAGUUGAGAACCGAAAACGAGAACCGCUGAUUUGGAACAAGGACAAUUUCUGAGAGCAAUAGUCGAUUUGGCAGAUUUUGAAUGAUUCAUUUUGUCCCAACUGUGAAAAAGUCAGCGUCUCGGUUGAGUCAAAAUGAAUUAUUCGAAAUCUGUCAGAACAGCUAUCAAUUUUGUGGGCCUGGUGGUCAUCUGGCGGAUUGUAGAUGCAUUACUUAGGAAAUCCUGCUUGGGCAGUCACCUUACUGUAUCAGAUUUUGUAGAUUCUAGACGUUGCAGUAGGUUGGGCAGCUAACUAGAACCAAAUGUGAUUGAACUCAUGUCUUCCGGUGGGGCCUCGUAGCUCAGGUGGCUAGAGCCUUGGCUGUACUAAAGCCUUCCUUUGCUUUCGUGGGUGCGAAGCCCACCGAGGCGCCGAGUUUUUCACAGUUAGUUCAAGAUGAAUCUCCGAGAUGGUCAUCUGAAAACGAGUAAAAAUAUAAGACGUACUCAACAAAAUAACCCGAGACAAAUAGGAUUCACCAGUGUUUACUAACAGAUAGUCUGCUCUUUUAACAGAAAAGAGUAAACAGUUAGAUUAAUUGUGCUAGAAAAAACCGUUUAAUGACCAAUGCGAUUUCGAAGGAGAAUGCCUUAAGAGUUCAAACCACUCGCUAUUUAAUGUAAAAAAUCAGAUCGCAGUCGAACGGUAGAUGAGAAAAUGCACUGUUCAGCGACUUUUAUAACAUUUCUGUCGACUGGUGACUGUCGUAAAGGGAAGAUCCCUCUCUACCGGGUACCAUAGCCACUGUCCGUCCAAGCAGAGGUCACUCAUCAUCCUAUGCUAAUGAACUUAUAGACAACUAAGCAUGAAUAUCCCCAUUGCAGGUUUUCCAGCAUUUGGAAACUACAGUGGAGUUGGAGUCAGACCGUUUAACCCGAUGCUGCCCUUCAUUGCUCCAACAACUUCGGCCGACCUGGCGGAGCACCUGGCAACUACGGUUGCCUUCAACGCAGCCCUCCUGCUACGAACAUCGGGGGAGGUACUACCCCCCGCUGCCUGCAUGAAUACGCCCCUAGACUUAAAGUGUCCCUCUAGACAGGAUCAGAAGGCGUACGUGCCUGCUGAAUCAUUGUUUUUUCCUGCUACCUCCACUGGUGGGGCUUCCUCUUCCAUUACCUGCUUCUCAAAGAGUUUGCGAGAUGCCCUUCAAGCUAAAACCCUUGCACUUUCUGAAGCCUACUCUCACCUGGGAACACAGUUGUCAGCAAAGUCGACUUUGGAGCAGCGAAGGGAGGUGUUAGCCUUAUCCUCUUCAAUGGAGUCUUCUUCCUCAGUCCCCUGCUUGCAGGUCUAUGACGCUGCGUCCACAUCCACGUGCCCCACAAGCUUGUCCCUCUUAGACGCUGUUCCUGCUGCGGCUUUGGAAGAAGGAGCAAAUGAGCCGAUAUCCUUCAGAAUGCAGGAAUGUCAGCAGGUCUCAAAUCGACCCCCAGGAAUUCCGCUAAAGCAUGAUGAUACUGGACCUUUCAGUCCAUUCAAACCAUCCCUCAGCUUAGUAUCGAGACCCGACUUAACGACCAACUGUUCAGCGUCUGCGGGCGAUUCAUGCUCGGAAGCUCUCACGAGUACACAUGCUGCAGAACUAAGAGACGUCGGUCAAAUAGAUGAGCAAUCGGACACCAACACCCUUUGGCUGAAGUACAUGACAGCUGCCGCGACGGCAGCAACGGCAGUUAUUUCAGGUCUGAGCGGACAGCAGCCACCAGGGCUCAUCUGGCCAACGCAAGGCGUUUCCGGUCCUGCAGAUGUGUUACCGAGUGGUGAGGUGUCUGGACCCGCAGGAAGUGCGUCAGUAAUUUCAUUCGCACCCAAUCUCUCCUCCACAAGCAGCAAAAUCUUCUCAAUUAGCAGCAUUUCUUCAUCAACCUGA